GAAGACAGAGGGGAGGGGGCGCAGGAGAAGGGGGAACUUGAGUGUCGUACGCAGUUGCACAAUGUUCAUCUUCACGGCUCCAUCAGUGCACACGGAAAAGCUCACGCAACAUCCCUGCGAUUAGCGUUUUCGGAGCUCAGUGCGCGCACUCAAAAAAAAAAAAAAGAAAGAAAGAAUGAUCUUGGAGCAUAUCUCGCUGUGAUUAUAGAUCAUCGAUCAUAUCUUCUCACAGCCCGGGCCAGGAAUAUAAUGAGAGAAGGCAGCCCCAAUUUGGACAUUUUUACAUUUUUUGAUUUACCAUCACUUAUCUGGAUCUGUCAUACUCUCAAUUUUAAAUCUCAAUAGCUCUGUUUCUUAUUCAAAGUCCAAAUGGAUAAAAAAAAGAAGCCGGAUUUACCUAGGCCAACAGCAGAGAGAGCAAGAAUGUCUGAGGGGACAGAGGGUAAAAAAACCCCAAGAAAGACCAAAUCAGACGACCUGGAUUUCUUCUUUGAAGAAACUGAUGGCAGAGAUAACCAGCUGCAUGAUUUAACAGUUAAAGAGGCUGACUGUUCAGAGGGUAAUAUGAAAGCGAAGAUCAGACCUGCUGCAAAACGAACCAAGAAACCCCCAAAGAGCCUCGAGAACUUCAUAUGUCGUCCUUCUGUUCGAGUUUUUCAGAGGCCUGAACCUUUGGGGCAAAGUGUCUGCAAACGAAGGGAUGGGAUAAGUGCUAAAACUAGAUGCUACAGUCAGUUAUGUCACCCUGUUCAGAAGAAAUGCAACACUGACUCAUUGGUAACAAAAGACAAUACAGCUAUGACAAAUACUGAUCCAUCAGCACUUUCUUCCUCCUCUCUCAUCACUUCUGGUAUCAUGUUGCCUCCUUCAAAUUCUCCUACUACAAGGGCAGCUAAAAAGGUUCUCCCUAAACAAAAUAAGAAGACAGAUUUAAAGUCAAAUAUAACACUACAGGAAACCCCACAGUCAUCCAGCAAACUGUCAAUUUCUCACAAGAUAAUGCUCAAUACUCAUAUAAAGCAGCCUCUCUCCUCAAAACAUCCUCCAAAUUCCACCUCUCAACAGGACUCCAGCUCACAAGAGAGCAUUAACGUUCUUAAUGAGGACAAUACACAGCAAGGUCAAGCCAGUCCAAACUCCAGUUAUGGAAAUCCAAAUGAAUCCAAUUUACAUAUUGUGUCAUCUAAACUAACAUCCUGUUUUCCAAGAAAGGUCUCAGAAUGCAAUGAAAGUAAUUCAGAAAUGCAAUCAAAUAUGUGUUUGAACACAAAGAAGGGUGUGGGUUGUGUGGAUGAUCCCAGCCAUGCUAAUGUUAGAAUAUUAACUUCUGAAAAAAGUAAGCAACAAAAUAGCUCCACACAAGAGACAAGUACUUGUCCAAAUGACCUGCCAGAACAUCCCACGUCUUUCCAUGUAACUGAGUCCCUAUCGUCAUGUAAGUGCUUGGACACCACAUCAGACCUGUCAGAGAAUAGUAGAGGAAGCAAAGGGCAAAAUGAAAAUAAAAACACAUGUUGGACUUCAGAAAUAACAAUGAAAUUCCCUAAAAAUCCUGUUUCUGAACACAAAAAUUAUAAUAGCACAAAUGACUUGGCUAAUGAUGAGCAUGGAAAGCAUAGCAAGCUUUGUACAAAUCAAGGACAAAUGGAAGUACAGUGCUUGACUAACACUAACGCCUGUCUAGGUUCUACAAUAAAUCCUCAAGUAUCUUCCAGCCCAGUUAAAUGUCUGAUGGAUGGCUUAUCUUCAAACAGCUGGGAAGACAAAAGACUGUCAAAGAAACGACAUGUCAGAAGUCUUCGUAGCAGUAAGAUUGCAAACGUGGACAACGAGGUUAAUCAUAGUCCUGUUGCCUAUAAAAUACUACACAGUGGUUCACAAAAUGAAACUCCAUUCCAUAGUUCUUCAGAAUCAUUGUCCUCACCUCAGUGUAAACAAAAUCCAGUUGGACAACCUCCCAAGUCCCCUCAAAACGUAAAAAAUUGCAGUUCCGAAAUUUCAUCCCAAAAUAAUCCACCAUGUAGGAAAAGAGGGAGACCAAAAACCAAAUUAGGUGUGGGAGUUCAGGCAAACAAUUCUCAAGUGUCUGUUGUUAAUCCUCCAAGUGAUCAAAACCCAGAAGCCCUAGAGCCAGAACUUGAUAUGAAGCAGUCAAGGCCUAUGGCAAGAAAACGUGGGCGUCCCAAACAGUCUUUUUCUGUCCAAGCACUGGAAACUCAGCCAACAUUAAUCUCUAAGAAACAGGAUUCUGGAGACCUCCAUAUUACUUACACAGACAAAGCAAGAAACAUUCAAAAGUGCAAGAAAAGCAAGAGAGUAAUAAUGAAGACAAUAAUUGGAAAGAUCAAUAAAAUGAAAGUGAAUAGAAAAGAUCAAGUGCUUACACAGAUUCUGUUAGGGCAGAAGCAAUGCGACAGUAAAGAUAUUUCUCAAGAAGGGACAGAACGAGAUGCGUGCAGUCCAGAUUCUACUGCAACACACUCCUUAUCUUCUCUUGUAUCAUCUUUUGGAGGCAAACUUGGUUCUCAAAUCAAUGUCAGCAAAAGAGGAACUAUCUACAUGGGAAAGAGGAGAGGUCGCAAACCGAAAAGCCAGACAACCUCCAAUAUUUCCUCACAGAAAUCUCCACAGAUGUUCCCAGACAACCCGGCUUUUAAUCUUAAAUCUGCUUUUGCGCAGUCAUCAUUAGACACGCAAACUAUUCCUUUAUCAUGCUUCUCUAGCACAUCUAAAAAUUUUACCUCAUCAUUAUCUGGGAGUAGUUCACAGAUACAUUUCAGUACCCCAAAAGUCAAAGCAACUUCCUUUAAACAACUCAGUGAAAAUUCCCAGGCUUGCUGUGAAGCAACAUUACAAUGUAACAGUGGGGAAGGAAUUAAUGAUAACACCACAUCAGACGGGGGUGAGAGGAGCAACAGGUUGGAUGAUGGCAUUGGAUUUUGCUCAGCAUCACCCACAGGCUCUAUGUUCACAAUGUCUGGUGUUCCUGGGAGCAGUUCUUUUGAGGGUAGACCAAAGUCUCUUUCCUCCUUGCCUUCAGAGCGCCUUUUUUCUUCUCAUUUACCAUUAGUCUCUGGAAGGCAACAAGAUUCUAGUCACUUAUUGACAUUUGCUGACCAAGAGGCCCAUAAGUUUAAAUGCCACAGGAAGGGUCAUCACUGCCUUAGUCGAGAAAAGCUUAGAAGACAUAAAUAUAAAUGCAAGAAGAAGUAUAUACAACUCAAGGCAAAACACCAAGAUCCAGACUUCCUUGCUGAUAUUGAUGACUUAGUUGUCAGAUUGAGUAAGAUUCGUAUUGUGCAGCGUAUCACCCGAACAAAGCUUACUGAUGAUGGUAAUGCAACCGGAAGAAAUGGGCAAAAGGGCAAAUGUCAAUCCUAUGAUUUGCAGUGCCUACAAGAAAAAGUUCACCCCCCAGCCAUGUUUCAGAUUAACCUUAGUGGCUACUAUUCUCCACAUUCUGCCCUGUCCUGUGAACCUCUUCAUUACGUUAGAAUGGCAAAUAUGAGAAGGAAACAUGGUUGCUCCUCUGAGCCAAAUGAACAAAUUGUUACACAUUUCCCUGUGAUGCAUAAACUUGGAUACCCAUACCCAGGUGGUGGAUUUAUCCACCCAUCCUACAAAGUGCCAUUUACAACCACCUCACUUGGUUUUGGACUCUGUCGAGGAUACCCAUCCAGUACAUUAUAUCCACUACCUUUUCCACCGUCAUAUAUGCACCACUACUCUAAAAACCCAAUUAUCAGCCCAUCUAAGUUCCACAAAAAGAGGACCAAGUUACCAAGGCAAGAGUCUGCAGUUUGGGGACAGAACACUUUUGGAGCAUAUCCUAGGACGACCUCACACUCCUCCUGUGACUGUUUCAAUACAGAAAGUGGGCAAAGGCAGAAGCAGAAAGAGAAAGGCAAAGGAAGGCGGGAUAAACAUAGUAUGAUGACAGAAAGACAGCAUGGAAAUGAUGCAUGUCUUUGGCUUAAUAAAUUCACAAAAGACAAUGAGAAUUCUGGAGGCUGUUCAUUUAACUCCCCCUCUCCAGUUUUCUCACAAAUCCAACAGAAAGACAAUUCCUUUCCUUUUUCACGUUUAAAUCCAUCAAACCUGGGGCAGGGAGGAGAAGUAAGCUGGUCAGAGCAUCAGCCACCAUGGGGUCUUGGCAACAAUAGCCUAAACCAGCCCUCACUUGAAAAAACACUUGAAAUCAAUUCAGUGCUCCACGAGAAUACUUUGAAAGGUCCAGAGACUGAUAUAAACUCAAAAUCAGCUCAGCAUUUACAUAGAAGAACUGAGUCUUGCUUAAAAGUGCCUACACUUAUUAGCAGAACUCCAAGUCAGAAAAGGAUCAUGAAGUCAAGAAAGACUAGAGGACUGGCACCUGUGAAAGAGUUAUCUUCUGGAGAUAAGAGAACACCAGGUAGUGAUCAAGCUGGAAUUUUUUCCAAAAAGCUUCAGUGCAGUAAUUCUUCAUCAUCCAAAGAUCCAGAAAAGAUACCAAGGGAGCUAAACAGGUUUAAAGCCAAAAGGAGGCUUCUGAAUAAGCAUAAGUCAAACCAUUUUCGCCGAACCUUGCCUCUUUUAAGGGAUAAUCAUGCACAACCAGUAGCUAGAAGUGCCCCUUCUACAAGUGCUAAAGUACAACAUUUGAGUCCACCAAAGCCUCCAAAUUCUGAGGGACAGGAGGUUACAGAUUGCAACGAAGAAAAGAAAAGAGGACCAGGACGACCAAGGAAGAGUCUUAAACUCUCUUCUCCAUCAUCUUUACAUUCUGUUCCUGAGCUGUCCUCCUCUUUGACUAUAGAAAAGGCAACAGAGGAAGACAACAAUAACAGUGAUACAGUGCUGGAAGUCAUUGAGCUUGUCAUUCAAGGAGAACAGAGAAGUGGGAAAAAGAGGAAACUCGAUGAAUGUCUGGAAGAUGGAGAUCAGGAUGAGAAUGAAGAAAAAGAUGUGACUGAGAGAUCUCCCACUCAUUGCCAUAUGUGCUCGGCAUCCAUUGGUACAUCACCUAGUCAGGUUGAAGACAACCGACAGGAGCAUGCUAUAGACUCACUACCCAAUAAGAAGUAUUUGUGGGCAGGUCUUUAUUCAGAUGAUUAUAAAAUGGAAAACAUUCCUGAUCAGCCUCAUCAGCUUAAUUUAGAGAGUCUAGAGUACAAUCCAGAAGAGCACCAGUAUGGCUUGCUUCCUGCACCUCUGCAUGUGGGAAAGUACCUAAGAGUGAAACGGAUCAACUUUCAGUUGCCCUAUGACAUCCACUGGCAAUGCGCACGCAACAAGCUAUUUGAAAAACCUGUUAAUCUACCACAGGCAACACCGUCAAACAGUUCCUGUAACCCCCCGAACAGCAGUGCGUCUCAGUCCUGCUCUGACGAUUUCCUCAAUACAACGCUCAGUGAUGAUGAGAGUCAAUCCUGUGAUACGGCCAGUCACUCACAUGUAUACGAGGAACCCCAUGAGAGCCAUCAUCACCUCAAACAACAGGAGGAAAACAGUGACAAUGAGAACUUCCCCUCAACCUUAUCUAGUGAGGAGAGAAGUUUUGUAAUGAAACAUGGUGUCUUCCUGGUGAGAAAUUACGAGAAGAUGAAGGCAAGACAGGCGUUUCUUCUGAGAGAGGGCAUGAGAGAGCAAGAGAAAGAAACGGAUGAGGACAAAGAGAGUGCACAGCAGAGUGAGGGUAGAGGCCUUGGAGAGGAUCCAACCAUCAAGUCAGGUCUAGGAGUUUGUGUAGUUGUUGGCGACAUGUGCAUGUGCCCGACUGAGUGGAUGUCAUGUUCUAAAGAAGGGGAGCAUGUAACUUUCAAGAGCAAAAAUCUCUCACACACACUUCAAGAAAUCUGGGAGAGGACUGUUCGUUUUAAGGGAUCAUCUGGACAAACUCUUAGUGAUCCUCUCCUUAACCUGUGCUCUAGAAAAAGGUCUGAUUCUGCUCUGAUGGACCUCAGCAUGGUGCAAAAGCAACUCCAGUCAGGACACUAUGAGAGCCUGGCUGCCUUCCACUCAGACAUGCUGACUGUAUUCCACUGUGCAGAGAAAUACUACGGUUCAGAAUCUUCAGUCGGUCGGGAUGUGAGUCAGCUGAGGGCCAUAUACCACAGAGCUCACCAGGAAGCCUCAGCCCACAUCAGCAACUUCCUGUAAGGGUUAAGAAGCCACGCCCACACACCUUACCUUCCAGGGCAUAUUGUGGUUGUGGUUGUGACCAUGGUAACACACAGGCAUGAUGGGCCUUCAAGAACAGGCAGAUGAUGCCCUUCAAUACCAAAGACCUGUUGUGUGGUGCGCUUACGUAGGCACUGAGUGUUAAACAGCCCUGCUGGAUGGAAUGCUUGCUGAGGAAAAGAUUACGACUCAGAGAUUCAUAUUUAUUCGAAAAGGGUGGACAAUUCCCUGAGAAGAAAAUCUAAAAAAAAAAAAAAAACACUUCUCCAUUCCAUUUCUUCCAAUUUUAUAUCCUGUCGGUUGCCUUGUUCAAAUACGUCUUCAGUAUUAAAUUACAAAGAAAAAAAAAAGCAUGGGGUGCAUGAAGCUUUGGGGAUGGGAAAUGCUGAGGUAUUUAGUUCAACUUUGGCCAAGGACAUAAACAAUCAUACUAAAUCUAUUUUAAAAUUGUAAAUAAUUUAAUGUUUUUUUAUUUAUAAUGUGUUUUUCUUUAUGUUUGUAUAUACAUUAUUUGCCUUGCCAAUGACUGCACAUAGUACCAGUGAUAUGAUUUAAUGUGAGAUGUGCCUAGUAAUAAGCAAUAAUUGGAAAGCAAUAAGCUACUUUUUUUAUUAUUGUGAUUGUACUACUUUGAAACUCCUUUAUGCUGCCCUCUAACUUUGCACACCAGCCUGAGAGGUGAUGUUGGGCAUUUUCCUAAUUACAUGAAACUUGAUAGAGAUUUAAUUCUUUAGGAGGAAAAAUAACGUAUGCUUUGGCAUGGGUUGGGACCCUUUUUACCAUAAGCGCCAAACAAACACAAAGAAGCAUACAGUCCUGUGCUAAGCAUACAGAUUCUAAUAAACUUCCAAGAAAACGUUUCCCUUUUUUGUACAGUCUCCACAGUACUGGCAAAGCAAAAGUAUUUCUAUUCCCAGCUUUGUUAAUCUAUGCUAGCAUUUAUUGCUGGCUAGUUUCCAGUUUCCACCAGGGCUUGGCGCAAGCUUUUUUUUUCCCCCUGCUGGGACAGAAUCAUUGCUUCUCAAAAUGUGUCUUUACAUUUGAUUUUCAGUGAAGCAUUUCGAUCAUUACAAAACACACUGCAGACCCAGAGUUCUGACCAGAUGCAAAUUUAUUAAGGUAUUUUAGCUCUAUUUUAGCUUUUUCUAAACAUCAUAUUGAAAAAAUUAGCUUUUUAAAAAAUGUAGGCAAGUCCUACUCAAAAGCCUUAAAGUACAUGGCAAUUGAAUAGUAUUUAAAUACGUUUAUGUAUUUGAAUGAAUAAGGGAGAGAGAAAUAAUGCACAGCUCAUCAGCUGCCACAACUGAAUGAAAAUUGUUCUCAAAUGUACAAAUGAAUAAUUUAUUUAAAUGCUUCCAGUCAUUUGUGUACAUUGUCAUUUUUCUCCAAUUUACCAACAAUAUAAAUAUAUCUUCAAAAAGUAAACUAAUUGCUAUUAGGGUCCAAUUGUAUAUAUAUAUAUAUAUAUAUAUAUAUAUAUAUAUAUAUAUAUAUAUAUAUAAAAUCCCAGAAUUAAGUUCAGAACAUGAAAUUUGAUUCCUGCACAAGUGGCCCAUUGUGACUUCCAACUCAAACAAUAGAGAGUGUCAUAAAUGUGUGGUAGCCUGGGGAAAAAUGCUUGGCUGCCACUGAAUUCUGGCAAACAGCCAAAAAAAGAGUUUCAAAUCAACUUUGUUCAACAUUUUUUAUGCCGAAAACACAUUGCUCAGUUUUAGAAGCCAGAAAUAUAUUUUACAAAAACAGUUACAUUAUGUUAUUUACUGUUGUCUUUCUGCAAGAACAAAUUGUGUAAAAAUCCAGUUUAGCAAAUGCAGCUAGUCUUGCUAAAGAUGUCUAAAACAUUUACUAGUUACAUGUGGUUUUCUCACACAGUGAAUAUCAGGUUAUUUGGUAGCUACAGUAUGUGCCAUCGUGAAAUAAUCAGUUCACUUUGUUAUUAGCUGUUAGCCAAAAUGUCCUGAAUUUAACAUUUAAAAAGUUUUCCCAGGUCAUCACACAUAUAUGGCUAAAGAGUCUUAGGAUCCCCACCCCUGAUCUAUGAUGUAGUGGCCACUCAGGAGCUUUUUGUUUAACUGUUUAGUGUUUGUGUUUGAUCUUAAUAAAGCCUCAUUUAUUUCUG